AUGUACGAACAAAUAUGCUAUGAUACAGUGAAAUGGGAUAAUUCAAAAGAAGAAAAUAAUCAUUCAAUAAUACCCUAUGUGCCCUAUCCACAAUUUUUUCGAUCAGAACAACAACGAUAUCAGAUACCUUAUCCUGAUUAUAGUUCAGAAGAUGAGAGACCCCUAAUGAAAAUAGCAUCACCAAAAGCACAUCAGAAUAAUCAUUUAUCAUCAUCAACAACAACAAAUAUCCAAUCAAAUCAAAAACAAGAAUUACACAGAGAAUUAGCUUAUAGACAAAAAAUUGGUCAAUUGCUGCCGAAAAAACCUGAGUUAGUUAGUGUAUUUAUACGCCGUCAAGAACAACAAAAACGUAAAGAAAAAGAAUCUGAACGUCAAAGACAUAAAACGAAGCUAGAAGAAGCUCUCGCAAAACAACGACAAAAAAUUGACAGUGUGAAAUUAGUCUUAUUAUUUUCUCCACCAUCUGCUCCUUCCAGUUCUGAUCCAUGUGAAUUAUGCGAUCAAAUCUCAGAAAAAUUUAUUCAGAGUUAUAAAAAGACAGCAAGAAGCAAUUUUGGUGGUGGAAAUUCCGAUUGGGAAGAGAAAAAACUCAAAGAUUAUACGAAAAGCGAAACACGUUUGAUUGAAAUAAUGGAAAAUUCAUGUACAUCAACAGAAUCAAAGUGUACAAUAUUUUUGGAAAAAUAUGAAGAAGACAUUGAAAAUUGGUAUAACAACAAUUUGACACCACUCGACGAGUUUUUUCGAUGGUUUUGCAUUGAUACGGCAAAAGUUUGUUGUUCGGAUGGAACUUUUGGUAAAAAUUGUCGUUCAUGUCAAUAUGGAGAUAAUCAUUUAAUUUGUUCAGGAUAUGGAACAUGCGAUGGAAGUGGCACCCGUAGUGGUACAGGUCGCUGUAUUUGCGAUGAUUUGCAUUCGGGAACAAAUUGUUCAAAUUGUAAACCCGGUUAUACUAAAACAAUAGAUAAUGAUAAAAACAUUAUUUGUAACGAUAUCGACGAAUGUAAAAGUACCUGGUUUUUGUCGCCAUGCCUGCUUUAUGAGUGUGAAAAUGACAAGGGAACGUAUAGAUGCACAGGUAAACCAUUUUAUCAAAAAUUAUCGCAUCUUGUUACUUUGUUGGUAUUAGUUACAACAGCACUGAUUUUAAUGUGGAAACAAUUACAUACGCUUGUAAUUGUUACAUGUUUGAUUACAAUUACUCUCGUAGUUUUAUUUUCGAAACAUAUUCUAUAG